UGAUAACUUCUCGCCUACAAAACUGACUAAUAAAAAGGCCACAAUGUCUUAAUUGGGAGUAGAAGAUGAUCAUUGAACAGUCUCUACCACCCACAAGCAUCAUGAAACCUCAAUCAUAUGUUAUUUAAUUAUACCGUAUAAUGCCCCGCUAGAAUCCCACUCUUCUGCAUCUCUUUCUCGCAAUUCAACCCAACUAUCACUCUCACAGGCAUUUUCACAAACACCUUGCCCGCAGCCCCAUCUGACCUCACAUUAAAUGGACGAGAAAUGGAAUCCAUCAAAGAAGGAAGGUUCAGGAAGUAGUUACCACCAUUCUUCAUCGUUCAUAAGGAGUGGCUCAACCUCCAAAUCGCCAUUGUUGCGAUGUUCUUCACAGAAAAGCUUCCCAGCUUCCAAUUCCAAGAGCCCCCACGAUCUCCCUCGAAGUUACUCGCAGAAGAACUCUUCUUCCAUAGGACGAAAGUACAGCAGCUUAGCCAAGGAACAGAAGGCCCGAUUCUACAUCAUGAGACGCUGCGUUGCAAUGCUCGUCUGUUGGCACAAACAUGGCGAUUCAUAAGCAAAAUAAAAACCCGCUUCAGAGAUUUGAUUUCUUCCCCUCCUUCACCCGACUCAGAUCUUGAGAUCCUUCGAGAAAUUGAUGUAAAUUUUUCCGCAACCCCAUCGAGAAGAAGGUAUGAACUCUGUUCUCAUCGAUUAAACUAGAUUCAAAUUGUAAUUACAUUAAUGAGUUGAUGAACUAAAUGCAAUCCGCUUAGAUAACAUCAAUCGAUCCCCUCCUGAAUUUCUUACGAGAUUUCCUUUUCUUAAUCCAUAAUUACAGUGUUCUAAACCCUUUUUCAAUUAGAAGAAUUAGAUUGAUCGGAACUUUCCA